ACUCAACUGUCAAAAGCAACAACAUUCAUUGUAAUUCGCGCGCAUUUUUUGUAUUAAAAAGUAAUCCAAAAACGAAUUUUUACUUUGUGUGAUUAUCUGAUUAAUGUUCGCUUUGACUGAAAAGAGAGUUGAUUUCCAAAAUAAAUAUGGGUAUUUUAGGUUUAUCAAAACUUAUUGCGGACAUAGCUCCUCAAGCUAUAAAAGAGAUGGAGAUUAAAAAUUAUUUUGGACGUAAAAUAGCGAUUGAUGCUUCUAUGAGUCUGUACCAAUUUCUAAUCGCCGUUAGAAGUGAAGGUGCCCAACUAACAUCAGUAGACGGAGAGACAACAUCCCACUUGAUGGGAACAUUCUAUCGUACAAUCAGAUUGGUAGAGAAUGGUAUAAAGCCAGUGUAUGUGUUUGACGGUAAACCACCAGAGCUGAAGGCUCAUCAGCUGAACAAGAGAGCCGAAAGGAGAGAGGAAGCGGAAAAGGAGUUGCAAAAGGCCACUGAAUCAGGUGAUCAAGCCCAAAUCGAAAAGUUCAACAGACGUUUAGUGAAAGUGACCAAACAGCAUGGUGAGGAAGCGAGGGAGCUGCUCAAGCUGAUGGGUAUUCCUGUUGUAGAGGCGCCCUGCGAGGCCGAGGCACAGUGUGCAGCAUUGGUGAAAGCAGGUAAAAUAUACGCGACUGCUACAGAAGAUAUGGAUGCGUUAACAUUCGGCGCUACAGUACUACUGAGACAUUUGACAUUUUCUGAAGCGAGAAAGAUGCCAGUGCAGGAAUUCCAUCUGAACAGUGUUCUAGAAGGACUUGGAUUACAACAACAAGAGUUCAUAGAUUUGUGUAUCCUCCUUGGAUGUGACUACUGCGGAUCUAUAAGAGGGAUCGGUCCAAAACGUGCUAUAGAAUUGAUAAAGCAACAUCGUUCAUUAGAAGAAAUACUCAAAAAUAUAGACACUAACAAAUAUCAACCGCCCGAGGAAUGGGACUACAAGAAUGCCCGGAGACUGUUCCUGGAGCCAGAGGUCACUGACCCUAAAGAUAUAGAGAUGAAGUGGACGGACCCUGAUGAGGAAGGUCUCGUAAAAUUCCUGUGUGGUGACAAACAGUUCAACGAGGAACGAGUCAGGAACGGAGCCAAGAAACUUAUGAAAGCUCGCACUGGGUCCACACAGGGGCGUCUCGAUGGAUUCUUUAAGAUAUCGACAACACCAAAUCCGAAGCGGAAAGCGGAAGAAGAAAAGAAAAAUGCAAACAAAAAAGUGAAAAGCGGUAGAGGAAGGAAACCUAAAUAACUUGAAAUAUUUAAAAAUCCAGUUAUUUGUUAUAAAAAAAUGUACACAUAGCAGUAUGUCAAGUUACCAUAUGUCAAAUUGCAAUUGAUUUUUGACUUUACUAUCGCAUUAAGUUUUAAAGUCGAGUGAAAAAAAAUGACAGAUUUGUAUAACCUGACCUGCUGUUGACUGUACCUAAAUAGUUUAUAUAAUACGAUUGAUCUAAUAUAAGUUUAUUCUCAACUUUAUUGUGUAUUUGUUUUUACUAUAUAGGUCCACGGUAAUGGCCCGCCAAGCCAAACUAAGCUGAAUGGCACUACCUGUUUUUCUCGAUUAAUUGCAAUUAACAGAUCUGAAUAUUGAAUAUUAGCAUUAGCAAAUAACGCAUUUUGCCUUUUUUCAUGUUACUUCAAUUAAUCUCAUCUUGUUAUUUGUUUGUGUUAUAGAAUAAUUAUGUAUGAAAAAGUAUUUUUAUUUCGAAAUAUAAACGUUUUCUUGAUUUAAAAUUAAAAACGCUGUCCGCCAUAUUCAUGACGUCAUUUACGUAUGUAAAUAAAAUAGACACAUAACAGUGAAAUAACAGUGUCUUGCUUUAAAACUAAAAGACAGAUAUGGUAAGAACAGCGCCUUUUAUGGAUCUGCUUUAUAAUAAAUAGUACGCUGCUAACGAUUAAUAUGACAGAUGCAAAAAUAUUACUGCCGAUAUGACGUCACACUAUGGCGGGUCGUAUUUCAGGUCACUUGAUACGCAGACAAAAAUCCUACUUCUAAUAAAAUAAUUCUAUGAUAUUUAUUUCAAUGUAAUUUUUUUUUUUUUUGCCGAAUUUUGUGACUUGAUUUUCACUGACGAUACUUUCUGUUAUUUUGAUGUAUUUGAAAACUCUAAUUUAAUUAUAAAUUUCGAAUCUAUUGAUAAUAAUCAUUGGUUGAUUUAUUCUAAAAUUUUCAGUGUUAUAGUUACAUGAAGAUAUACGACCGGUUUCUGAAUUAAGAGAUUACAAAUUAUUCUCAAUAAGUUCUAGUUUUAUCAAUAUGUUUCAACUGAUCGUUAAAAACUAAAAACCUGUUAAAGUGACGUUUAAAACGUUCUUACCUUUGAAUUCUCAAUUCAGAAACCAGGUGAUAGUAAUUACCGCCUUUGAUAAUAUACCAUAUAUCAGCUGGGCUGAUAUCAAUUGUUUUUAUAUGCUAAAGUUUUUUGUAUUUCAUUUUUAACUGAUACUGUGUCAAGUGAACUCGAUUUUAAGAUAUCUCUAGAAUCUUUAAGUAUCGAAUAUUUUGCAAGAGGUUCGAAAUAUAUUACUGAGAUAUUACAUUUGUAGUGAUCAUUUAUUACAGAAUGUAAAAUUUCAAAAAAUGGAUGGUGAAACCAUAGACUUAGAAGUAUUUCAGAUAGAAAGAGAAACCUAGUUGUACUUAUAUUAGAAAAAGAGAGCAGAUCGUCUCUAUUCGCGAAUACGUAGUUAACUAAAGAAUGUAAAGGAGUACGGCAGAACGAUCUGACGGUUUGUUACUACGAAUACUAAGUUUGUCAAUCCGCUAUAGUUUUAAAAUAAAAUAUUUAUAAAAAACUGUGGACUUAUUCAAAGAUGCCUAGUGAAGAAUGGCAUAACUGAUAUAUAAAGCUAAAGUGGAAGGAUGUAGAAAUGGCGCAAGACAAUGUAACGAUUUAAUUGUGAAAGGUGUCUUAAUACACUUUUCGCAAUGUUAGCUAUAAAAACCAGCGAGCGUAUAUGGCAAUACUAACUACUGAACUUCGAGGAAGUGACGCUCAGGCUUUGGUCUAUCUACCCUUAACACGUGAAUAAUUCCUUUGUUCCCUUUGAGUUACACCAUUUUGUUAUGUGGAACAAUUGCGCGAUCUUCUCUCUCUUUCUGACGGAAUGCCAUUUCUGCUUACCCCGUAUUUUUUUACCUACUCUAAUAAUACCUAUAUUAAUAAGACAGCUCAUUUUUAUAUGUAUGUAUUGUUUAUUCCGAGAAAAUUGAUAGUAAAUAAAUUUCGUCUCAUUUU